AUGGAAGGAGUGACCACAAAUGAGACCAUCACUUCCCACACAGAGUUUGUCCUCUUUGGGUUUCCCGGCUUUAUAAAAAACAGGAAAUUGUUAAUAAUUCCAUUUACUGUAAUAUAUAUAAUAAUCAUGGUGGCUAACCUCUUCGUCAUCCAUCGGAUCUUUGUUAUACCGAGUCUCCACUCCCCCAUGUACUUCCUUAUAUCCCUUCUUUUGACCAUUAAUGUUACUUACACGGCCUCCAUCCUGCCGAAAUUUCUGGUUGGUUUGACAUUUGAUUGGAACCAGAUAACUCUGGCUGGCUGCCUCAUUCAGAUUUUUUACAUUUCCUUCAUGUCUCUUUUUGAGUCUGGCGUUAUGCUGUCAAUGGCCCUGGACAGGUUCAUAGCCGUCUGUAGACCAUUAAGAUACAACGAUAUCAUGACCUCAAGUUUUCUGGUCCAGUUGUCUGUCGCUGGGAUCGCGAGGAGUACCCUCUUUAUUUCUCCAAUGGUUAUACUGACCGCUAGCGUCCGCUUCUGUAGGUCCAACAUCAUUCUGAAUUUCGUCUGUGAGAACGCGGGGCUUCUAAGUCUUGCCUGUGGAGAUACCUCCAAACCGCAAGCUGUGGGCCUCAUGGUCCGAAUCCUGGUCACGGUGACUGACGUCAGCCUUAUUCUACUGUCUUACUCCUGCAUUCUUUACACAGCCUUGAAGAUCGCUGUUGGGAAAGCUCGUCGUAAAGCCUUGAACACGUGUGGUGCCCACCUUACGGUGGCCAUGAUUAUUUACCUUACUGCACUAAUAUCAUCUGUUAUACCGAGAGUCCAGACACACAUGACACCUGAUGUUCAGAACAUCAUUAGUGCCAUCUACCACAUGACCCCAGUUUCUCUAAAUGCCUUUGUCUAUGGAUUGGGGGUGAAAGAAAUCAGAAGAAGCUUCACCAAAUCCCGGAAGAACAAGACUAUGUCCCGCUAA